GUGUGGGUGGGGAUUAAUUCAAUAAUAUUGAUUUCAAAAUGUAUUUUGUAAAGCUGUCGGUGUAGUCAGCCUGUUACAGGAUCAGUUGAACCUGGAUGUAAAUCGAUUACAUUUUAUAUAUUUUGAAGUAUUAUGAUGCAUGCUAUUCGAAUAUAUAUCAUAUCAUGUGUACCAUUUGCAAGUCUGGAUAAUGACACAGCAAGAAAAUUUGAGAAAGCAAAAAAGAGAGAUAAUCAUGUCCUGCUAUCCUUUUCAAGAGCAGGAUACAGUAUUUGCGCUCCUCUCAGUUAACGUUCUUGGAAAACCCCUAUCUGUAUUGAUUGUGUGGCGGUAUAAACUACACCGCUUGAAUGUCACGAUGAUUACGAUGGAGCGAAAUGAGGAUAUUGAUUGAAUAUAUGAUAGCUAGAAAGGGAUGAAACAGGUUGCCAAGGUGAAUGUAGGCUACGUUAUUCUAGCCCUCAUUACCAAAUAGCGCUCGUAAUUGCCGCUCGUCGUUCAUGAAAGGCGAUACCAAGGAACCAGAGGAUGUUCGCGUGGAACGGAGGCGUAGCAUCAUUCACUGAAUGGCUGCAUGCUGUGGGGAUGGAGAGGAAGUCAUUUGCGCUCAAGGCAACAGAUCGAAAACUUUAUGAUAUCUGUAUUUACUGUAUUGAUAAAUACAUCCGAAACACCUUGGUUCACCUGUUUCUCUUGCUGUCAUAAACUGUGAGCUCCAUUUCACGCCAUUUAAAUGGAACGGAGCGAGUACUGUCUCUGAGUUCAGUUCAUCAGGAUAACCUAUCAGGACGCAAGGAGACGCACUGGCAACAAAGCGUAACGUCAGUAGUACUCCAUAAAGGUGCUAAAAUCCAUCGUCUGGGGUUCAGCGCACCAGAGGGGGGACUCGGAACGCCUCGGAACCUCACGGAACCCAGCGUGAGUGUGUGGAACCCCUGGGUCUGGCCCUGUGUCCUGGAGGAGGCAGCUGUGGGACAGACUGACACGUCACGUGGCGCUGCUCUGCCUGACCCCCUAUCCAGGCCUCACCCCUCAGAGGGCCCACUCAGUCUGCCUGGUGUGGAGAGGAGCAGGCCCUCAACCUCAGUGGGAAGGAGGAGUAGUGCUCUGUGUUUUUUUGUGAUCAGAGUUUCCUCAGCUGUGAUUUUUCAGGAUACCUUGACGGUGUAUGUGAUUUAGACUAUGAGUUUUGCAGUGAGACUGGAGUGAGAAUGUAGAAGAUCACCUUAUUUUACCUCUGAAGAACAACAGGAUAUCUGAUUUGAAGUGACCUGCAGGCUGGACAACAACUGAUAAUACCUGGCCUUUGGACUAGAGAAGAGCCUCUGAGACAGUGCUGUUGUGUGUGUGUGUGUGUGUGUGUGUGUGUGUGUGUGUGUGUGUGUGUGUGUGUGUGUGUGUGUGUGUGUGUGUGUGUGUGUGUGUGUGUGUGUGUGUGUGUGUGUGUGUGUGUGUGUGUGUGUGUAAGCACACUAGACACCCAGUCCUCUUAACAGAAUCAGGGCUGUUCUGUCACACUGAUAUAAGAGGAUUACAACUCAAAAGAAGACUAUACAUUCAACCAAACUCCUCUGGAGACUGGAGCCCUAUCUUUCUCUUGAAUGUUUUCCCUUGUCUCCUCGGUGGCAGCCAGUGCUAUUUGAUUUAACGUAUCUUCCCAAGUCUAGUUGGCUCCUCAUUUCACGCACCUCGGUAGUUCCAAGUCAACUAGUUCCUCAUCACCAUGGUGAUGUCCCAGGGCACGUACACCUUCCUGGCCUGUUUCGCUGGGUUCUGGUUGGUGUGGGCUCUCAUCGUCAUGCUGUGCUGCUUCUGUAGCUUUGUCCAGCGUCGUCUGAAGAGGAGGAGGGAGGAGAGGCUGAGGGAGCAGUGUCUAAGGGCCCUGGAGAUGGAGUCACUGGAGUGCCUGGGCACUGCGGGGUUGGCUGGGUACCCUCCAUCCAGAGAGCCCCUCCAGUUCUGCCCCCCGCUGACCCUCUCCCCACCGCUGCACAUUCCCCGAUCCCUCCCCCAGAGCAGCUGGGCCUCCCCACAAGAGACGGACGUGUUUGGGAAGCCCCCCUGCUACGAGGAGGCUGUUCUGAUGGAGGACCCCCCUCCCCCCUACUGUGAAGUGCUGGCUGACAGCCGGGGGGGCACCUACACCAAGCUCACCCCCCAGGCCUCCAGGCUGCAGCAGCAGGAGCCUGAGACCUCCAAGACUCCCCCUGUCACAGUGUUCUCUGAGCGGGGCUACUCCUCCUUGAUCCGCCUGCCCACCGCCCGACGCUGGGACUCCCUGGGUCACCUGCUCUCCACAAUGGACCUCAACCACAACACCCUCCCCACGGAGCCCCUCUCUCUGCAGGCCCAGGCCACUGUCACCAUGCCCCACGAGGGCCGGACUCACACACACCCAGAGCUAGGGCUGAGAAGUAUCCAUGGGCUCCAGGGGCUCAGGGGGCUAGAGCAGAGUUGUGGCUUGCCCACAGCCUUCCCUCUGCUGGGUCGCAGCACAGCCGUGUAGGCCUGACUAACCCUCCUGGAGGUGGGGGUCAGACUGGAGCUAAGGACACUUGGUUGAGGUGGAGAGGCGUUGGGUUGGGUUUGAGGAGUUGCAUCUGGGUUGUAGAGUUGGACUAAUGAUGAAGGGGAUAGAGGAGGAGAAAUGUCCUUCAGACUCCCAGCAGCCAGAGGUGUUGACAGAGUGAGAUGGGACAUCCUUUCUAAAGAUGGCCUCUCUUCCCAGCCUUCCUCUCAUCCUCCCUCCAUUAUCUGUCUCUCUCUCCCUCCAUUUCUUUCUAUUCUCUAUAUCUCUGUAGUUGUGUUGAUCUCUCUAUUCUCUGCAGCGUCGCAGCCUGAUGCAGAGCAGCUAUUAUAUGAGUCUGCUGUUGCCAUAGCUCCCUGGAACUGUCUGUUGCCCAUGACACCUUGGGCCCCUAGCGACCUCUCCUCCUCGCCAAAUUUCUAAAGACAUUUUCAUAGCCUUUCUUUGUAUGACUGCAGGUUGAAAGAGGGGGAACUCUUUAAUGACCUGCAGUAGCUCUGUGUUGCUGUUUCUCUUUAUGUAUAGUAUGUACAGUGAAGGACCAAGAAAGACAUGUUGGGUCAUUCAGCCCAAGUAACUAUCACCCUGCUCGGAGCAUUGCAAUGUGCAAUGGAAACUCUGUUUUGUAUUGAAAAAGCUCUUCUUCAGCAUUACUGUCAUAUCUUCAAGAUGUUCUACAUUUACAUUUACAUUUAAGUCAUUUAGCAGACGCUCUUAUCCAGAGCGACUUACAAAUUGGAAGUGGACUAUGAAUAUCAAUUUGAUAACCCCCAGCUGGGGAUUGUUGCUCCUCAGUGUACACCAACUGAGUGUGUGCGUAUGUGUGUGCCUGCGUGUGUCUGUCUGUGUGUGUGUGUAUGUGGUUGCUAUCUGUCCACGAGGGAAGUGUUUUAUUAAGAUUGUGAUUGUGAAUCCAUUUCUUUCUUUCUCUCCCUCCGUCAUUAUCCCUCUGUCUUACUCUCAAGCUACUCAUCAGGCUAGAUGUCGCUGGGAGACGCUCUCCUUCGCAUUGCCAUGGGGGUGCUACAGUACAUAUAGCAGACACCAUCACAGAAAAUGUCAUCUGUCAUGGUAGAAAAACAAAGCUAUCACCAUGCACCAAUCAAUUGCAGAGAUGAGAUUUCUGUUCCUUUUCCUGAUUUAAAAAAAAAGUUUAUUCAGCUAUGAAAUGCUUUUGCAGGGGGAAUGGAAUCUAUCAAUCCUGACCUCCCUUACUACGCUGUUAAGCCUGUUAGGAACAGUGUUACCACCAAGGUCCACCGCUUUGUUAUUAGCUGUUAUGUAACCCAAUUCAAUCACAUUACAUAAUCCACUGAAAUUAAUGGAGUAUUUGAUGGCCUGGGCUUACUUGGCAGUACCCUUGAGAUGCUCGGACAAAUUAGGAAGCUCGUCAGUGCAAAGCUGAAGUGCUGUCCUCAAGGAGCUUAUAUAAAUGUAGAGAUAGGGAACAUACAGUACCCAAUGCCAGGAGAGAGAGAGAUGAGAGGGAGAGAAUGAGAGAACUACUUGAGGCCAUGAGAUAAUGUUAUUAUUGAGAGGUAAAAAGUAUUUCAGUUUGAAUCUAUACAGACAAUGUCACAGUUUGUCCUGGGUUCUAUUGAUAUAUUACGGUAGUUUGUUGUUCUGUGUAACAUAGCAUUGAGACGUCCAUUAAGUUUAUUUUGGAUGCUGUAACGGCUCUCGUGGAAAGGAGUGGACCAAAGCACAGCGUGCAAAGUGUUCAUGAUUAGUUUAUUUCAAAAAACACACAAACAAAAUAACAAACGUGAAAACGAAAGCGCACAGUUCUGUCAGGCAGAAACACUAAACAGAAAACAAGAUCCCACAAAACCCAAAAGGAAAAUGACAACUUAUAUGUGAUCCCCAAUCAGAGACAACGAUAGACAGCUGCCUCUGAUUGGGAAACACACACACACACACACACACACACACACACACGGCCAAAAACAAAGAAAUAGAAAACAUAGACUUUCUCACCCGAGUCACACCCUGACCUAACCAAACAUAGAAAAUAAUAAGGAACUCUAAGGUCAGGGCGUGACAGAUGCUGAUAUUUAAGAUAUUUUUUACCAAAAGUAUAGUCUACAGCAGGUAUUCCCAAACUGGGGCAAUGCUGUCGGGGGUACGCCAAAUAAAAAUGGUACGCCAAAUAAAAAUGUCACAUUUUAUUUAAAUACAUUUAAAAAAUAUAAUUUUCUUCACAUUUUCAAACAGUCCAUUUAUAUUUUCCAACUUGGCUAUAUAUUUGGUGAGGUUUUUUUAUCGCCUGAGUAGUCUCGUUACACUGUCAAAAAUCUAAUUUAACCAUCUAGUGUUAAGCGAAAUAACAACACAAUGUCAAAUACAAGUAGCCUAGUCAAAUAAUUAACAUCCAAUCACAUUAACCGUUACUCUCUCGCGGGAAUUCCACCAACGGUCCAUAUGUAGCUAAACGUAGCUGCUGCUUAUUCCGUUUGCUCGAAAAUUGAUAAAUGGUUAAAAAAAAGUAAGGCCCUCGUCCAUAGAGACACAUACCAGCAGUACUACACCUGCACCUGUCGACGACAAGUUGUUCUGCUUCCACAAGCACAUCCAAUGCUAGCAUCAGUAAUUCUACAUGUUGUUGUUAGCCCAGCUAGCAUGGACACUGAGAGUUGUGAAUCUGAUGCAGCCGAAGAGCUACUGCCCCCUUACCGAGGAAAGCACCGAACAACAGACAGGGACGUUGGACCAUCAAAGAGGCACAAAUAAGAUGAUAACUACAUUGAUUUGAGGUUCACUUAUAUUGGGAGUAGCCACAGUGUGUUAUAUGUGCAAAAGUACUAUCUCACAACUCGAUUAAACCUUCACUCUUGCGCAGACAUUUAGAAACAAAACAUGGCCAUUUUAAAAAUAAGGCACAGGAGUUUUUUUGAGCAAGAAUUAAGACGACUUUUAAGUAUUAAGACAUGUAUAAAAGCAACAGACACCAUUAAUAAGAAGGGUCUAGAAGCAUCUUAAAUGGUGAGCUACCGAGUGGCUAGGACAGGCUAGCCCCAUACUAUUGUGGAGGACUUAAUUCCUGCUGCCCCAGAUAUGGCUGGGACAAUGCUGGGGGAAAAGGCCCAAAAACAUAUAGAGACAAGGUCUUCAUCAAACAACACUGUUUCACGACGCAUCAGUGACAUGGCAGGAGAUGUUCUGAAAUAAUUACUGCUUUGCAUCCAAGCCAGUGAAUUCUAUGCAUUACAGCUGGAUGAGUCAACAGACGUGGCGGGCCUGGCACAGCUCCUGGUAUGUGUCAGCUCCUGGUUUGGGGGUUCAAUAAAGGAAGACAUCCUCUUCUGCAAACCACUGGAAAUCAGGACAACAGGAGAGGAUAUUUUUAAAGUACUGGACAGCUUUGUGACACAAAUGGACUUUGGUGGUCAAGAUGUGUUGGUAUCUGUAAAGAUGGCGCAAAAGCUAAGACAGGGAGACAUAGUGGAGUGGUAAUGCGCGUGCAAGCAGUGGCUCCCGACGCCACUCGGGUACAAUGCAGCAUCCACCGAGAAGCUCUUGCUGCCAAAGGAAUGCCUGACAGCUUGAAACAUGUUUUGGACACGACAGUGAAAAUGGUUAACUUUGUUAAAGCAAGGUCCCUGAACUCUCGUGUAUUUUCUGCACUAUGCAAUGAUAUGGGCAUCGACCAUAUAUCACUUUUACAACAUACAGAAGUGCGCUGGUUAUCAAGGGGCAAAGUAUUGACUUUUUUUUUUUAAUUGAGAGACUAGCUUAAAGUUUUCUUUACUGACCAUCAUUUUCACUUGUCUGACCGUUUGCAUGAUGACGAGUUUCUCACAGGACUGGCCUGUCUGGGUGAUGUCGCCUGAAUGAUCUGAAUCUAGGAUUACAGGGACUUUCCGCAACUAUAAUCAAUGUGUGGGACAAAAUUGAGGCUAUGAUUAAGAAGUUGGAGCUCUUCUCUGUCUGCAUUAACAAGGACAACACACAUGUCUUUCCAUCAUUGUAUGAUUUUUGUGUGUGUAAAUGAACUCAAGCUUACAGACAAUGUCAAAUGUGAUAUAGCGAAUCACCUGAGUGAGUUAGGUGCACAAUUACAGAGGUACUUUCCUGAAAUGGAUGACACAAACAACUGGAUUCGUUAUCCCUUUCAUGCCCUGCCUCCAGUCCACUUACCGAUAUCUGAACAAGAGAGCCUCAUCGAAAAUGCAACAAGCGGUUCAGUGAAAAUGGAAUUGAAUCAGAAGCCACUGCCAGAUUUCUGGAUUGGGCUGCACUCAGAGUAUCCUGCCUUGGCAAAUCACACUGAUGCCCUUUGCAACCACGUACACGUGAGAGUGGAUUUUCGGCCCUCACUAGCAUGAAAACUAAAUACAGGCACAGACUGUGUGGGAAAAAGACUGAGACGCUUUCCAAUACAAAUGAACAAAUAAGGUUAUAUAUAUAUAAGAUGGCUAAGUAAAGAGCAAAAUGAUUGAUUAUUAUUAUAUUAUUAUUUGUGCCCUGGUCCUAUAAGAGCUCUUUGUCACUUCCCACAAGCCGUGUUGUGACAAACUCACACUCAUUCUUAUGUUUAAUAAAUGUAUCGUAUAGUGUGUGUGUGUGGCAGGCUUACAAUGAUGGCAAAAAACAACAUUUGAGAGUGCGCUGACCCUGGUUCUAGAGGGGGUACGCAGCUGGAUGUUGAAUGUUUGAAGGGGUACAGGACAAUAAAAAGUUUGGGAACCACUGAUCUACAGUAUAUAGAAAAUUGCAUUGAGACAAUCAUUUGAAGAACUUACAUGCUUUUCUUUUUCAGAACAAUCAAAACAAACAAGUGAAGCUGAUUAUCAUGGCUCCUGAAUGUACUAAUUCAUGCUUUAAGUGUAACUGAAAAUGAACACUAUUUCAUUUGAUGUGUUUCUAUCCAUGCUUGAAGUAAUGUUGAAUAUUAUUUUGACAAAGGUUUUGUCUGUUUAAUCACACAACUUGUCACAUACAGUACUCUAUAUUAACUGACAUUUGCCUCCCUGAGCUGUCAUGCAUUGAUUCCAGUUUAUUUCAUUGUACCACGUUUGUUUUGUUUGUGCUGUUUUUAUGUUCUGUCUUUCCUCUCCCCCGCAACAGGAGAAGGAAAAGACAGAGGUGUAUGCCACUGUCCUCCAUCCUCCAGUGGCAUACGUGUUGCUAGGUAACCACCAGGCCAGAGCUCUAGCAAGCUAGUCUGUUUAGAGUGCAAGGGAACAUCAGCUGUGUGGCCAGUCAGAGCAUACUCAUUCAGAGCACAUUGGGGAGGGUGCACGUGGCUCGGAUACAUGGCUUCUAUCUACUAGUGUAGGACUGGGACUGUCAGUAGUGUCUGACGACUGACAUCCACAGGGUUUCCCUUCCCAGGGCUCGCUAAACACAGUUGAAAUUGGAACUUUCUGUCUAGCUGUCAAUGUGACAGCCAUUUUGAGGAAAUUGAUAAAAUGCCCUGAUGGAGUGGACCGUUCCUCCAAUAUUGGAUUGACAUCAUUGUGGGAGAUCCAUCAUUUGAGGAUAUAUCCAAAUACCAUCCAAGGGAGAAUAUCUGUCCAGAUAGGCUACAGAUUGAUUUGACCUAAAGCAGGAAAUGGCCCCUGCUAUACUAUGGACUCUCAGUGACUGACAUCCCACACAUACUGUGAAUAUACAGUGCCUUGCGAAAGUAUUCAGCCCCCUUGAACUUUGCGACCUUUUGCCACAUUUCAGGCUUCAAACAUAAAGAUAUAAAACUGUAUUUUUUUGUGAAGAAUCAACAACAAGUGGGACACAAUCAUGAAGUGGAACAACAUUUAUUGGAUAUUUCAAACUUUUUUAACAAAUCAAAAACGGAAAAAUUGGGCGUGCAAAAUUAUUCAGCCCCUUUACUUUCAGUGCAGAAAACUCUCUCCAGAAGUUCAGUGAGGAUCUCUGAAUGAUCCAAAUGUUGACCUAAAUGACUAAUGAUGAUAAAUAAAAUCCACCUGUGUGUAAUCAAGUCUCCGUAUAAAUGCACCUGCACUGUGAUAGUCUCAGAGGUCCGUUAAAAGUGCAGAGAGCAUCAUGAAGAACAAGGAACACACCAGGCAGGUCCAAGAUACUGUUGUGAAGAAGUUUAAAGCCGGAUUUGGAUACAAAAAGAUUUCCCAAGCUUUAAACAUCCCAAGGAGCACUGUGCAAGCAAUAAUAUUGAAAUGGAAGGAGUAUCAGACCACUGCAAAUCUACCAAGACCUGGCCGUCCCUCUAAACUUUCAGCUCAUACAAGGAGAAGACUGAUCAGAGAUGCAGCCAAGAGGCCCAUGAUCACUCUGGAUGAACUGCAGAGAUCUACAGCUGAGGUGGGACACUCUGUCCAUAGGACAACAAUCAGUCGUAUAUUGCACAAAUCUGGCCUUUAUGGAAGAGGGGCAAGAAGAAAGCCAUUUCUUAAAGAUAUCCAUAAAAAGUGUGGUUUAAAGUUUGCCACAAGCCACCUGGGAGACACACCAAACAUUUGGAAGAAGGUGCUCUGGUCAGAUGAAACCAAAAUUGAACUUUUUGGCAACAAUGCAAAACGUUAUGUUUGGCGUAAAAGCAACACAGCUCAUCACCCUGAACACACCAUCCCCACUGUCAAACAUGGUGGUGGCAGCAUCAUGGUUUGGGCCUGCUUUUCUUCAGCAGGGACAGGGAAGAUGGUUAAAAUUGAUGGGAAGAUGGAUGGAGCCAAAUACAGGACCAUUCUGGAAGAACCUGAUGGAGUCUGCAAAAGACCUGAGACUGGGACGGAGAUUUGUCUUCCAAUAAGACAAUGAUCCAAAACAUAAAGCAAAAUCUACAAUGGAAUGGUUAAAAAAUAAACAUAUCCAGGUGUUAGAAUGGCCAAGUCAAAGUCCAGACCUG